AAAAGAAGGAAAAGACCCCCAUUUGCAAAACUGGGUUUUUGAAAAGAAGAAACAGCAAAGGAAAAAAAAAAAACAUCAUCAAGAAUUGACAGAUCUGAAUCCCCAUGUAGGCACUCACUGCCAUCACUCUCUUCUCCCCACUGAAGCACAAGUAUCGCCUCUUUUUGGGUCUUCUGGGUGAGUUCUUCUUCCCUUGAAGAUGCCAAGACCAGGCCCUAGACCUUAUGAAUGUGUCAGGAGGGCUUGGCACAGCGAUAGGCACCAACCUAUGAGAGGUUGCAUAAUUCAGCAGAUUUUCAGGCUCGUCACUGAUACUCAUAGUCCUGCUACUAAAAAGAACAAGGAAUGGCAAGAGAAGUUGCCUACUGUUGUGUUGAAAGCAGAGGAGAUUAUGUAUUCCAAAGCCAAUUCUGAGGCUGAAUACAUGAACCACGAUACGUUAUGGGACCGUGUAAAUGAUGCUAUAAACACAAUUAUCCGGAGAGAUGAGAGCACUGAAACAGGAGACCUUUUACCACCUUGUGUUGAAGCUGCCCUUAAUUUGGGCUGCAUUCCUGUGAGAGCUUCGAGGAGCCAAAGGCACAUUAACCCUAGGACUUACCUCAGCCCAAGAGCACAAGAACCUGCUCGUUUAGCUCCUAGUGUUUUGGAUAGAAGUGCUGAGGAAGGGUGUCAUCGGUAUCCAUCAGUUCACUCAGCCAAUCAACUGAACAUUGCUAGAGGAGCUACCAAUACUAUUCCUUUUGUGCAGUCUAGUUGCCCUGUAGCUGAAAACAGUGACUCCACAGCACCUCACAACAAUCCAUUUCUGUAUGAGAGUAGCCCAACUAGGCAGAAGCAGUUGAUGAGAAUGGACGUUAAUACCCCAGUGAAUUUGGGUACACUUUAUCCUGUCUAUUAUGGAGCUCACUUGCAGCCUUCUGAGUCUCAAACAGGUUCUCACAUCGAAGAAAAUGUCAACUCGAAUACCAUAAUUGUUGGGACACCUAUUGGUAAAUCAAUAGCAGAGCCUUCUGACAUGGGUGCUUUGAGAAGCAUUUUCUCUUCUACUGGUGUUGAUGUUUCUUGUAAAAAAGUUGGAAAUGUAGAUGUCAGGGACAUCCGUGAGAAGUCAACUGGGACACAAUGUGAUUUGUCCUUGCGAUUGGGUCUAUUUUCAGACCCCAGCGUAAGACCAGGAAAAAUUUCGAUAUGUGAAACUGAAGAUUUGGGUCCAAGCAGUUCUCAGGAGGGUGCUAAAUACAGUGACGUGUUUCAACAGAAGAAUAAGGAGUUAUGUUUUUUUCCGGCAAAAACAGCCAAUGAUCCUAUUGGUUCAUCAUCAAGAAAGUUGCUUCUAGAAGGUCAGAAUUUAGGGGCUACUAUGAGAAAGCGGAAGGCACCAUCUGGUGACAGUUUGGAUGAUGGACAAUUUUUCACGCAAUUUGAGCCGCCAUCCAACCAGUAUAAUAGUCGAAUAAGUAGACCAGGUUUGUAGACUAUAUUUUUGUCUUGUAACUAAUAUCCAUCAAAAUUCAAGAUGUGCUGAGCAUCAUCAUUUGCAAUCUUAAUUAUCAAUGUAGUUCUGAUUGUAAACUAUGCAUGCUUACCAUGAGCUAUGAGUUGGGAUGUUGCUGAAAAGUGAACUGUAAAUUGAUUUAGUCUUAACUGAUAUCUCUGUUUAGUUUAGCACAAUAUAUAGUAUGUUUACCCUCAUAAUGUCAAACUGAUCAGUCUGUAGUUCUCAUGACAGAGAAGGAGAGCUAAGGUUAGUUGACGAAGAGGGUCAUAUAAAAACAUAGAAUGUAGAUGAAUACUACUAUAUCCUAGAACCACCUUUGUUAAUUUUGAAGAAGCCCCUUGGGGGUUUUCCCAACAGUUUGAACAUGGAACUUUCAAAUUGGAGAUUUCAUGUCAAACCUUACGAUGAGCCGGGUUUCACUUGUUGUAUAGCUGGCUAAAGCUCAGAUGUACUUAGAAUGUCCCAGAAUGAAACAAACUUUACAUGCUUAUAAUGCAUUGAUUGCUUAAUUUGUCAGUAUAUUGCAGCAGUUUCAUGAGCAGCGAUGGCAAGUAAACUUGAAGGAUACUAGAUAAAAGAGUAGGUUAUGGGUGGGCUAGUGAAUUACUAUGUAGGGUAAAGGAACAGAGUGGGAGCACAGAAGGCUGUCAAUAGUUUAACUCAUCUCAAUGAUAAAUAUUGAUAUUUUUGUGCUUUGAUACAUUUGUCCUUUUUUGAUAUAGUCCUUGAGAAGGUACAUUUUUUCAAGGUUUUCAGGUAGAUAUGGUCAACUUUUUGAAGAAGCUUCAUCUGAUGAAAUGGCUAAAAUUGCAGAUGAAAAAUGAGUCACUGAAGGAAACAAAAACUUAUUAGCGGAAGGAAGGCUCUCCUUGAAUCUUGGUAAAUGCUUCGGCAAUGAGCUCUCUUCGGCAAUGCGAAGACAAAUUUUCAAAUUUGAUUCAAUUAAUGGCAGGGGUGUUAAACAGGCUGCAGUGAUUUCUUGCAUCAGCUAGUUUCCUUUUGGAAAAGAAAUGGAAAUGGAGGUAGGAGAUGGAGGUUCUUUUUCUUGUUGUAUAAUAUAUCAAAGAUCCAGAUAACCAUUUUAUAAAUUAUAACUAGUAGUUAAAUGAAAGUAUUAAUCUUUU